CGAGGAGACAAGCGGAUCCCGCGUGACUCGAAUGCCUCCUGUCCACAAGAGCAUUUGGAUCUCAUUACUAAAGCUUAUAACGAUGCCAUCCAAAUGGCCAAACUAGCGGCCAACGCUAUGACGAAUCACCAAGAUGAGCCUGCCUUUUGGGAGUUAUUUGGUCCACGAGCGGUUUCGAAUCUUACUUCUAUCCAGAAUACAUUCAAGGCUUCGGCAGAGUUUACAAAGAAGAUCAUUACCACUUGCAAUCUCGAUGACACGCACCCGACAUGCACGGAUCGGUUUAAUUACGGUGGGAUAGGCGCCCUGAACAGCACCGCAGGCAAAAGGGAUGACAACAUCUCACUGGUCUUUUGCAGGGAAUUUUUCGGUUUUCCGCCUUUGGAUUACAAAAUUAAUAUGGGCAUCAACAAUCCGGAUGAUCAGACGGCUCGUUUCAAUCUCGGCUACUACCAUGAAAAUCAAGGUACAGCACUUCUUCGAGCGAUAUUACCUUUUGCUUUGCCCUCUAAUGAAGCACAUAUUUCGGACCUUUGGGUAAACAUCCAUCAUCAGAACACACCUAAAUGGACCGCGUGUUAUGGUGUGCUAUGUUCGAAGAUACUGGCUCGCUUGGAUGGCAGUUGCUGGAGUGUGCUCAACGCUGACAACUACGCACUCUUCGCUCUCUCAAAGUAUAUUUCACAAGUUAUAGAGGGUUCCUUCCCUUGGCUUCCUCGACUCGAAAGGAAUGAACCUUCUUGGUCUCCACUGAUCGUGACCAAUCUUGGUGGAAUUCAAGGCGGAGCUGUUGCCGUGACAGAGAAGUUCAGCGAAAACACAGUAUCUCAACCGAGAUACAAUAAGAGUCGUUAUCAGCUGGAUCUAGGCACCUAUAACCCGCGAGAUAGACUGGGUAAUAGUGCAGUCGAUCUUUCGAAUUCGUCCUGGCUUCAGCAAGAAUCUAGCUACCCUGAAGGGUGGCACAAGCAACGAAAUGACUUUCUUCAAGAGUGGACUUCAGCAUGGGAUAAUGUGUCAUUGAACAUGGACACAAAGAGGACACAUGUCUGCUUUAAGAACGGAAACAAUGCCUCUACACCAUACGGAUCGAUCGACUCCCAGCCCUUCGACGCCACAGAAGCUGCUGAACUUGCGCUAAAGUUUUGUAAUGAGACUGUGAGGCAAUGGAUGAAGAUUACAGUUUACCCGUCUGUACUGACCGCGGCAAAAAAAGCUAUUGAUCUUAGCGUAUGGCACCAAACUGGCCGCAAGAACAGCACAAAUGAGAUGAACUUUUUCUGGACGGCGGAUCCAAACAAGUUCUUGAGUGCUAGAGCAGUAGGAAGAUUAUUUGAAGGAAGGAGCGACGAUGAUAAAAUUCAGCACUGCCACGCGACGUACAAGUACAUCAUGGAACAGUGCGACAAAGACAGUCCAGACAAAUACGGCGGCUACAUAACACUGAACGACAGAAUUUACGCUGCGUUCGUAACACCGGCUUCUCACCGAGCUUCUCGCAACAACAUCGCCCCAAUGUCUACAUUCAAAUGUGCGGAGUAUAACGCUACGAGUUACUGGCGCGCAGCGGCGUCCAUCCAGAGCAUGCAAGACACGAGGCUGAGCAAACUUUGCACGUGCUGGUACGACGACUAUACCUUCGCUGCUGAGAUGUUCUGUAGGCCUGCUGCAGGGGACUGCGUGACGCUUGUGAAAGAAGAGAAUAGGGUGUGGGCGAAGGACAGAGGGUAUAAUUGUCCGUAGAUGGGUUUCGGGGCAAGAGGGAUGGUAGACGAGAGUUCGAAGAUUUGGGUUUUAAUUUUGCUACUUUUCUUUACUAUUCGAGGUGGUUAGAUGUGCUAAAUGGUUUAUUCACCUAUUUACCUGUAACGAUAAAUGAAGUAAAGACUCAGCGAGAUAUGAUAUCAAUUUUAGG